CGCAUUCGCGAAGCAAGGAUGGUACGGAGAUUCUGCAACGGUGCGGUUGCACUUGGCAUCGCCCUGACGGCCUGCGCCGCUUUUCCGCGCGCCGUCAUGGCGAUCGACCUCAGCCGCUUCUACGGUCAUUUCAACACGAAACGUUCGGAGGCUUGCCAUCCGUACGAACCAUUUAAGUGUCCAGGCGACGGUAUUUGCAUCUCGAUACAGUAUCUCUGCGACGGAGCACCCGACUGUCAGGAUGGAUACGACGAGGACUCAAGAUUGUGUACCGCAGCCAAACGACCGCCCGUAGAGGAAACUGCGAGUUUUUUGCAAUCUCUGCUAGCCAGCCACGGUCCCAAUUACCUAGAGAAAUUGUUCGGAACCAAAGCACGCGAUACGCUAAAACCUCUCGGUGGUGUGGAAAAAGUGGCCAUCGCGCUGUCGGAAUCGCAAACGAUCGAGGACUUUGGCGCAGCGCUACACUUGAUGCGCUCGGAUCUCGAGCACCUGCGUUCAGUUUUCAUGGCGGUGGAGAACGGCGAUCUGGGCAUGCUGAAAUCUAUCGGUAUCAAGGACUCCGAGCUGGGCGACGUCAAGUUCUUCCUCGAGAAACUCGUUAAGACGGGCUUCCUUGAUUGAACGGUCACACUCGCCGCCAAACCGUCGUCGUCGCCGCCGUCGCCGCCGUCAUCGUCGUCGUUCCG